AGGCUCGUCCAGACCAGGCUCCCAGAGAUACCAAUCCAGCUUCAAACUUUGCCAAGACCAGGUGCUCCAUCUCCUCCGCAGAGGAUACAGCAUCAAUCAACAGGCGACGCGGAGGAAAUGAAAGCGUCGAUGCAGGCAGUGAAGAUCGCACUAGAGCCACAUCAUCCACCAGGUUUCCGUAAAGUGGGCUCAAGCAGAAUCCUGUCAAGUGUCAACGGCGCCAACGACGAGCAUGUGUGCGUGUGCGUGUGUGCGUGGGCUUGUCAAGUUUGGGUGGCAUUUCAUGGCCAAGGAGUUCCCAUCGGGAGCCCGUCUCCAUCGCAGGAACGGAGCCAACUCCCGAGUUGGGAAAUGGACUCAUCCCAACUUGAUUGUCCGCGCGCAGGUCGUUGCCCAAAGCAGGCGGCAGAGGCUCCAGUGACAGUCUCUUGUGGCAUGGGACGGCUCGACUAG